UCAUCCACAUCCACAUCCUCCUCACCGUUAUCGUCACAAGUAACAUCACCCGUCACGACGUCGCCGGCUCUGCCGGGUGGUGGUGCCCCCAAAGUGCAACUGGUGCCAUACGCACGCACAGCCAGCUUCGAAAGCUCUUUUUCCUCCGCCGAACGAGAACUGCUCGACCGAGCCAGUUUCGACGCAUUGGACCUUUCGUCCCAGGACUUUGACUUUGCCGAUAUCUUCACAUACGACAAGCCCCAAAAGCCACUGAACAAGGUGGUCGAAGUGUCGCGGCCGACCCGCAGUGCUCGUGACUGGUCGAAUUUCUCAUUCUCGCAUUAUCCGGCUGCCGUGAGCGCCAGGAGUAAGGUCAAUAGCCAUCAUCACAACCAUAGAACAAAGAGUGGUGGGAUUGGGGGAUUGUACGUCAAGAAUCAUGAGGAUGCACGGAAGCAUUGA